UUAUGUCAAUGCGCUCUUUCUAGGUUAAUUUCUGAACGUGAUUUGGACGCGCUUGCAAAUUUUCUUUCAAUAUUAUUAGAAAAUCAGCUUGCAAACGCUUAUAAAAAUGCCGGUAGCCGACGAUAUCAAGUCCAGCUGGGCUGAUGAGGUUGAACUGGAAGGUGGAAGCCUACCACCAUCCACAGAAGUGCGCGAAGGCAAUUUGAAAAUCGUAACAGACUACAAGCUCAACGACGACGACAAGAAAGUCAAGAUUGUGCGCACGUACAAAAUCGAAAAACGCAUCGUAUCCAAAUCCAUCGCGCAGAGAAAAACCUGGGCCAAGUUUGGUGAAUCCGAAGGAGACAAACCAGGUCCAAAUCCCGCAAACACAAUUGUUGCUGAAGAUGUUUACAUGCAGUAUAUCUCCAACAAGGAGGAAGAGAAGCAGGAGGAUGAGGGAGGCAUUGAGAAACUGAAGGCACUUGGUGACAAGAAUGUUGUCAAAUGUAGGAACUGUCAAGGCGACCAUUGGACAUCAAAGUGUCCAUGGAAGGACACUGUAUUAGCUGGUGGUGCUAAGCCAGGUGAACUCAAACCAUCUGCACCAGGUGCUGCAGGUGCUGAUGGGUCAAAACCACCAGGAAGUAAGUAUGUCCCGCCUAGUUUACGAGAGGGCGCAACCAAACGCUCUGAUGGACCCAACAUGCCACGUCGAGACGAUGCCACCGCCAUCCGUAUUAACAACUUGAGCGAUUCCACCACUGAAUCUGAUCUGGAGGAACUCGUACGACCAUUCGGCCCUAUUCAGAAGUUAUACUUAGCUAAGGAGAAGUCAACUGGACUCUGCAAAGGUUUUGCUUAUGUCCACUUCAAGUUCCGCAAUGAUGCAGCCAAGGCAAUCGCCAACCUCAACGGACAUGGCUAUGACCAUCUUAUUCUGAUUGCGGAAUGGUCCAAACCACCGGCGCAUUCCAACUAGGAGAAGAAAUAAUAUGUUUUGCAACUUUAUUUGGAGAAUAAUAACUAUUCAAAAAGA